UAAUACAGGAGGUCCCGGAUAUCAGAAUAAUGGAUAUUCCACUGGAAUAUAUAACACGCAACCUCAACAAACUGCCUACGUUCAAAACACUACAAAUGAUUAUGGACAACCCAUAUCUAGCGGAUAUCCUACUGCUGGUGUAUAUGGAACACAAGGCCAACAGCCUACAAACUAUGGUCAAUAUGGACAAUAUAAUACGAGUCAAACUCCUACAACAUACAACCAAUUUCCUGCUCAGACACAGUAUGGAACUUACGGCCAAGCUAUUCAAUAUAAUCAACCUCCUACCGGACAAUCUACACCGGCACCUGUAGUACAACCUGUUGGACAGCCCAUUAAUCAACAAGUUGGCUAUUAUCAGACUCCAGCAGUAAACCAAACCAAACUUGGUCAGGGAACUGAUGUCAAACAAGAUGGUCAAUCUGUCUCGGUAGCGCCAAAUUACGGCUAUUCACAAUAUGGCUAUACUUAUGGAACGACGGCUGCUACAACAACUUCACAGUAUUCUAAUACUGCUGGUCCACAAAAUCUCACUACAAAUACAACUCAUACACCCAAUGCGUAUGGUUCUACCGCGUCUGUGUAUGGUGCGGUAACAACUGGCACAGCCAUUCACUCCUCUGCUGCCGCUUCAGCACCUGGGACUGGAGAUCAAACUACUACGCAACAACAGACUUAUUCCGGUUAUUAUG